UGGAAGAUGAUGACAUUGUAAUUGCGGUUUUAUACAAUGGAACAUUGGUACAAAAUGAUAGUGGUGAUUGGGAAUAUCGAAAUGGUAAAAAUAAAAGUUGGAUCCUACAGAAAUACGAUGUGAUAGGGAUGUGAAAUGCUUUCUUCAAGAAGUGAGGAAUGGAGGGAUGACAAUGAUGCGGCCUCCAUUGUAUGUUGAGGUGAUUUCAAAAGUUGAACAUGUAUGUAGAAAUGUUCAUCAAACAGCAUUUGCUUCGGAUAGUGGGAGUAAUCUUCAUUCUUUUUCUUGUCCUCCAAUUGGCGGUCGUCUACCACAAGCUUCCGGUACUGAACCAAUUCAGGCUACAUCUCAGGAAAUUAUGGUUCAAAAAACUCAGUUUAGAGAUCAAGUUGAUGUUCGUGGGGGGGCCUGGACAUCAUUUAACAUUCACGAAGGAGUUGAUGUUGGAGGUGACUAUGCUGAACGGUUUCCUAACGACGAGGAGUAUGAGCAGUUGCAUCAUAUUGAUCAUGAUGAGAAUUACAAUGCAGCAGGGGAUGAUGUUGGUCAUAAUGAUGUAGAUUUUGAUCAUGAGUUGCCGGAUAAUGAUAAUGAUAUGCAUCCUGAAAUGAACAAUGAAGAAGUUGAUGAUGUUAGGGUUCAUCGUGCUACAAGUGACCACAUAUCAUCGAGCAACAGAAGUGGUUCUAUGGCCAUAUUUUCGUCAAAGUUCACUGGCUGUGAGAGCAUAGUAGUUGGACAAUUAUUUCGCAACAAACGUGACCUACAGAAUAAACUGAGUAUCUAUUGCAUGCGAGAAAAUAAGGAGUUCAAGGUGACACGAUCAACUACACAACGGUAUGAGGUUGUAUGCUUGGAAAAUACUUGUAAAUGGCGACUACGUGCAACCACAUUUAAAAAUGGAGAAAUAUUUGUUGUGAGAAUUUUUGAUAAUGUACACAGUUGCUCGUUAGAUAUCGUGCAUCGAGAACACAAGCAAGCCAGUAGUCGGGUUAUCGGGCAAUGUAUCAAAUCUAAAUAUGAAGGUAUUGCACGUGUUUACAAACCCAAAGAAAUUCAACAUGAUUUUUUGCAGAAAUAUGGGGUGAAUAUAAGUUACAACAAAGCAUGGAGAGGUAAAGAGUAUGCACUUAACAGUGUUAGGGGAUCUCCAGAGGAGAAUUUUGCUAAGUUACCUGCCUACUGUUUUGAGUUAGUGUCGAAGAACCCUGGGACUGUUACACGUAUCAAAACAGACGAUAAUAACAAUUUUGUAUAUUUCUUUAUGGCGAUUGGAGCAAGCAUUAGGGGAUUUAAAUCCCACAUAAGAUCCGUAUUGGCUGUUGAUGCAACUACAUUGAAAGGGAAAUACAAAGGGUACAUGUAUAUUGCAUCGGGCAUGGAUGGCAAUAAGCAAAUAUAUCCUUUGGCUUUCGGCAUUGGAGAUGGAGAGAACGAGCAAGCAUAUACAUGGUUUUCCCAAAACCUGAAGGAUGCCAUCGGAGAUUUUCCAGAUUUGGUGUUUGUGAGUGAUAGACACCCCGCUAUUGAAAGGGUAUUACGCAAAGUUGAUUUUCCUUACUAUUAACUUAUAUAAUCUAUUAGAAAUUGAUUUUCCAAGUGGAGGAAAUUAGUUUCUAAUAGGAGUAAAAAUUAUUCAACGAUUUCCGCUUGGAGGAAAUGUUUUCCAACAGGAGGAAAACUAUUUCCGCUUGGAGGAAAAUUUUUCCGCUUGGAGGAAAACUAUUUCCGCUUGGAGGAAUUAGUGACCUUUCGCUUUCCGCCAAAAUACGUGUCACUAAUACGAGUAGAGAUGUUAACCUGCCUAUUGGGUUCGUAACCAAACCGUAGACCUGUAAUUAUGGUGAAGUCCCUCUGUGUAAAUCUAGCACCACGCCCUCCAAAAUUGAAUACCAUAGAGUCCUUGUCUUCGCAAACACAUUGCCUAUACAGCAUGCUGUUGACGAUGUGGCCACUAAAUUGUAUCUCGUUGGCCUUCAAAAAGUGGCCAAAACAGCUAUCCUCAAACUUCUUUAUUUGGGCUGGAGUCAGUUUGAACUUAAUAUCCGACACGGCUUUCCAGAAGUUCGAUCUACAAUUAACCUUUACCCUCGAUAUCUCCGAGUCCCAAAACCUUCGUUGGUAAUCUGAAUCCAUUUAUCUGCAAAUCAAAUACAACAAAACAUAACAGAUGGAGGAAACAUUUUUUCCGACACGAGAAAAGCCUGAAGGACAAUUUUUCCGCCUGGAGGAAAAAAUUUUCCGCCUGGAGGAAAAGGUUUUCCGCCUGGAGGAAAUUUUUUCCUCCAGAAGUAAAAAAAUUCCCGCCAGGAGGAAAAAAAGAGAAAAUAUUUUCCUCGGGGUGGAAAAUUUUCCAGAACCAAAAUAACAUACACCUAACGGGAUUUUCAAACCAGCGCAUAAUACAUUAUACAUUAGUAGUGUACAUUAUACAUUGCUUCGUAAAGAUAACCUAUAGAUAUAUUAUGGUUUCACAUUCAAACCUCCCAUUAAAUUCAAACAAAAACACAAGUUCACAAUAGUUUUAAUUUCACAUUUCACAUUCUAACCAUGCAACACAAACAUUUCUGACUCACAUGCAUAUACAAGAGAACCUAACCAUCUUAGACACAUAAACAGGGUUAUAUGAUAAAGAAUAAAUAAACUGACUCACAUCCUUAAGAAUAGGAGCAGGAAGGCAGCAUAUGUAUUGACCAUCUGGAUGUCUUUCACAGCGUUGUUCUUCACCAGAAUUCAAUUUAGAGUAGCGUAAGAAAGACGGUGGGAAAGGCAAUGUUGGAGAAGCUAGGCUUAAUAUAUAUUUUGUUCCAAAGGCAAAUUUCAGAGCCGACAAGUCACGUGACAAGGCACACUCCGAUUGAUUUAUUUUUAUGGGAACCUCCGAUUGAUUUAUUUCU